AUGGUGAAAAAGGCUAGUUUUCCUAGAAAAGGAGUUUUUCAAAAAGGUGACAAGGUGGAAGUGUGCAGCAAAGAAUAUGGAUUUAUCGGCUCUUAUUAUGCAGCAAUUGUACUUGAAAAGUUGGGGGACAAGUACAAGGUGGUGUACAAGAACCUGGUGGAGGAGGACGAGCUGUCCAAACCUCUAGUAGAGAUUGUCACAGCAGAUGAGGUCCGUCCUCGUCCUUCUCCACCUCCCCAAGAAAUCGUGGAUUUAGAGUUUGAUGUCCUUGAUAGAGUUGAUGUAUUUGACAACAAGGGUUGGUGGGUAGGCACCAUUACUGAGAAGAGAGGGGGGGACAAAUACUUCGUCUACUUUGAAACGACUGCGGAUCAUAUAGCUUACCCUAAGAGGAAACUGAGGUUUCAUAGGGACUGGAUCGAUGGACAGUGGCUGGUCUACAACAAGAAGAAGAGAGUUGUUCAGGUAGACGGAAAGUUGGUGGAUUGCAAGAAGAGAGUCCGCGCGCAGGUUGAUGAAAGAGUUGUGGACUGCUACAAGAGAGUGCGCAUCGAUGGAAACUUGGUGGAUUGCAAGGACAGGUUAAGAGUCAGCGUUGUACCUGUAUAAACCUUGA